GUAGGCCACUCAGCCAAAGACAAUCAAAGAUGUUUGAGUUUCCAUGCGCAGUGACCAGGGAGGUAAAGCGCAGAGCAGUUUUUACCCCUCCUCCAGUUCUACCUCCGAUCACUCCGGCCUCCGAACAACAGGGGCUUUAAAAUCACAUUUGAUCAGAGGAAUCUGUUUUCUUCUUUUUUUAAAAAAGAAACAGAUCAUGCGAUCCGAUUUAUUUCUGCCGGAGGGAAAAAGGAAAAACUAGAAAAGACCUGUUGGCUAUGAUGGAUUACUCAAAGGCGCAAAUGUCAAACUUAUCCGAGGAGGGCAGUUCAGCUGGGUGUCCACAGUCCAGUAGUACUGGGGUGAAGCUGGAGGCGGUGAUGGAGCAGCUGCAGAGACAACGCAGUGCCAAGCUGGAGCUGAACCUGCAAGAGAAACAUCUUCUUCACGCCCAGCUCCUGUUCGCUCAACAAGCUGCUGCUGCUGCAGCAGGAGCCUCUGGCUCCAGACUUAACUCUGCUUUAUUUGGCAAAGCAGAUGGACAGACUUAUCUAGCAGCUCAACAAGCUUUGAGUAGCCAUCUCAGCAGAAUGGAUCCAGAUGAGGAUGAUGAAGACUCUGAUGAGGAGGAUCAGGGAAUGGUGGAGCCUGAAGAUAACGACGAGGUGGAGGAAGACGAUGAGGAGGAGGAAGAGGAGGUGGAGGAUGGGCCCCAUCAGCAAGUGAAGAAGCCUGGACUCCAGCAGGUUGCGGGCUUCCCUUGCCCUCAGUACUCAACACCUCACUCCUCUGCUGUGAAGCAAAUGUCCGAAUCUCCGCCUUUAGCAAUAAAACAGGAGAAUGAGGAGAAGGAGCUUCAGUCUCCUGCAGGCCAACACAACUUCACAUCGCCCAAUGGCUUCGCUGACUGGGGCUAUGACGAGCCAAUGAAACAAAGAGGAAAUGCCAUCUGGCCCGAGGAAAAUGAAGCAGGAAAAAUAAGAGGAGAACCAUCCAGGGACUUUGCAAAGCUUUAUGAACUUGAUAAUGACCCACAACGGAAGGAGUUCCUUGAUGACCUCUUUGUCUUUAUGCAGAAACGAGGAACUCCUGUGAACCGCAUCCCCAUCAUGGCAAAGCAGGUGCUGGACCUGUACAGGCUUUAUAAGCUUGUGACGGAGAAGGGAGGCCUGGUGGAGGUUAUUAACAAGAAGAUCUGGAGGGAGAUCACCAAAGGUCUCAACCUCCCCACAUCCAUCACUAGCGCAGCCUUCACCCUCCGCACCCAGUAUAUGAAGUACCUCUACCCGUUUGAGUGUGAGAAGAAGGGUCUGAGUUCUCCAGGAGAGCUGCAGGCAGCCAUCGACAGUAAUCGCAGAGAAGGUCGACGUCCCAGCUACACCAACAGUUUGUACCGCUACUCUCCGUCUCCGAGCUCCACAUCACAUGCCCUCCUCUCCUCACCCAGCAUGCAAACCACCCCGACCGGACUUAACUGCCUGAACACAUCCGCCAGCCCAAAUCUGAAGAGAAACGCAGAUGAGAUGUCAACCCCUGUAUUACCCAGCCGGCUGCCCAUGGCUCUGGCCCUGGGGCAUCAGCAGCAGCAGCAGCUGGCACAAGCUGUCACGUUGGAGCAGUUCAGAGAGAGGCUGGAGCGAGGACCCGUGGGUGCUGCACCCGAUGGUCCAGAGAAGAAGAUGAUGCGGAUGGCGGAGGAGCAGCAACGCCUCAUGCAGCAAGCCCUCCAACAAAACCUCCUGGCCUUUGCGUCUCACUUCAACCCCAUGAAUCUCAAACUUAACAAUGGACAUGAGAGCAAACAGGAUUUGUCUCUGAGUUUAUCCACUAAUGGAGCAGCCAGUAUCAGUGUAUCUGUGGAGGUCAAUGGCACAGUUUACUCAGGAAUGCUGUUUGCCCAGAAGUCAGCUGCUCCUGUGGGGUCACAGAACGUAACUCUGGCAGGAACAAAUGGUUUCAGUGCCAUGUCCUCCUCACACAGUCCCUCCUCUUCAUCCUCCACCUCCUCCAAGGGACCACAUUAAACCUCACUGGUCUUUAAAUCUGUCCCUAGCUUAAUAAUUAAUAAUACAUUUGCAAUAUGCAUACAACUGUCUAAACUAUACUGCUGUUUACUUGUACACCUCUAGUUGUACCAGUUGACCUCCUGUGCAGUCCCUUUGGUUUUCCGUUUUGACAACGUAAUGUGCUAUAAAUGAGUCCUGUCAAGGGGACAUUGAUAUUUUACCUCAAAGAUCAUUGAGGUAAAAUAUCAUCAUUUUACCCCAGAUCAUAGUUACCAUUGUGCCUGUUAGAAGCUUUUCUGUUUUAAAAUGUAGUGGCAUUCAUGUCUAAAGGACUUGACAAGGUUUGUUCAGAAGUGUCUUUAGAGCCUUGUUGAGUGUCAACUGCAUUUAUAGCUAAUUAUCUUACAGUUUUGUAGCUGCCUUUUUCCAUUGUGUGGUUGCCAAAAGUGCAGCUCAUGAAGACCAAAAGCCUUAGCUCAUUGUCAUAGCUCCUGUCUGUAACUACUUUUCUCAAGCCAUUUUGUAUCCCUCUUUGUAAACAUUUGGUUUAACCAGAGUGAAAGCUCCUAGUUUAUGCUUUCAGGGAUUAUGUCUACUAUCAGUUUCCUUAAGAAUUAGAGACAUUUUCUGAGGGUUGGUUUGAUUUUUUUUUUUUAUGUUUUGUAUUGUGUUUCAUUUAACUCUUUUAUUUAAUCAUUUGGCUCAGCCCUAAAAUUAUAGAACCCUUUAUUUCAUAUCAGCUUGGAAUUGAAAAGGGCAAAAUAAUUGAGACAAGGUUUUGCUGUGAAUUGUAUGUAGAAUGGAAGUGAUUCAACAUUUACCUCAACUGACUUCCCAUGUUGGUAAGUUUCUCUGGAAUUUAUUCUGGACUCAGGAAUGUCCUCAGGACUCAUCAUUGUUUAACUGUAUCUCAUGAUGUAUUUGCAUAAAAACUGAGAAUGUAUCACUUAUGACCUCAAGAUUUUGACAAGUGAACACUGAAACAGUGCUACCUCACUCUUCUAGAGAAAUAUGCAAUACUUAAUGCAGCAUGUGUUGGUUAAGCCAUCUGCUGAAAUAUACUGUAUGUGGACAAUCAAGUAGACAUAUCAAUCAUGCAAACAAAUGUCACUGUGAAUUUCACAAAUCAAGGUUAUGUUAAACUCUUUCUUUGGUCUUUGAUUAAUGUAUUUCUUGGACAUAUGGUCAUGAGGAAUAAAACAAUCUUGU